AUGCUGCCAAUGCUGCCUUCUAGCAACAGCUCCCUGCCUACUGAAGUCUCUGAAUUCCUCCUGAACUGUUUUGUCAGUUCCCCCAGUUGGCAGCACUGGCUGUCCCUGCCCCUAAGCCUCCUUUUCCUCCUGGCCAUGGGCGCCAAUGCCACCCUCCUGAUCACCAUCUGGCUGGAGGUUGCUCUGCACCAGCCCAUGUACUACCUGCUCAGCCUCCUCUCCCUGCUGGACAUCGUGCUCUGCCUCACCGUCAUCCCCAAAGUCCUGGCCAUCUUCUGGUUCAACCUCAGGUCCAUCAGCUUCUGGGCCUGCUUCCUCCAGAUGUUCAUUAUGAACAACUUCUUGCCCAUGGAAUCAUGCACCUUCCUGGCAAUGGCCUAUGAUCGCUAUGUGGCCAUCUGCAAGCCUCUACAUUACUCAUCCAUCAUUACAAACGAAUUUGUGGCAAAGGCUAUUGUUUUCAUCUUGGCCCGGAAUACGUUUUUCACUGCACCUAUCCCCAUCCUCUCUGCCCAUCUCCACUACUGUGGAAAAAAUAUAAUUGAGAAUUGUAUCUGUGCCAAUCUCUCUGUUUCUAAACUCUCCUGUGAUAACAUUGCUCUCAACCAAAUCUACCAGUUAAUUGUGGCCUGGACUCUUAUAGGCUCUGACCUCAUCCUCAUCUUCCUUUCCUAUAUUUUCAUUCUCCAAGCUGUUCUUAGACUCAAGGCAAAAGGAGCAGCUGCCAAAGCUCUGAGCACUUGUGGCUCUCACUUCAUUCUCAUUCUCUUCUUUAGCACCAUCCUGCUGGUUUUCGUUUUUACCCAUAUGGCCAAGAAAAAGGUUUCCCCUGAUGUCCCUGUCUUACUUAAUGUUUUACACCAUGUAAUUCCUGCAGCUCUGAAUCCUAUUGUCUAUGGUGUACGAACCCAUGAGAUUAAACAAGGGAUUUGGAAAUUACUCAGAAGGGGUGGGUAA